GUGAGAAACGUUUCACUUGAACGGUCAUAGAAAACCCAGCUGGAUUAGAAUCUGAUACGCAAUAACCGUAAUUCAGUCACAAAGAAAUUCAUUUGUUGUCGACCAUUUUUCUAAUUAACUUAUUAAAAUUUGUGCUUUUUUCCCAUUGGAUUCUAUUUUUUUUGAUCUGAUGCAAGAAGAAGAUAAUUGUUAUUUUCAGUGAAUUACGGGACAGUGAGACAUCGGUGAUUUUGAUUUUGGUUUUUUUUUUUUCUGCGAAAAAAUACAAAAUGUCAUUACAAAGGAUGGCAAUUAUAUCAGCCGUUAGCUCUCACGGAAUGAUGCGCAAUCGAACAAUUUAUUAUGAGCGCCAGCAAAAUGAAACCAAUUUCGACCGUGGUAUUAAUCUGCAGCAACAUUUCAACGUUUUUAUUGGAGGCGCAUUUCUAUCAUUUGCGAUCACGUUGUUGUGUGUGGUGUGCUACUGCUUCAACAAGAUUAUUAACAAAAAUUCAAUGGCACUUUAUCGACGGCAUUUAAUGGAAGCAGCAAACAAUCAAAACGUUGAUAUUUACACCGUUGAACAGUUUUAUGGAGAAACGGAAGCACAUGCACCGCUAUGCGAAACGCAAUCAGCCCAGAGUGUUUUACCACCGUCGUAUGAGGAUGUGAUGGCUGCCGAAAAAGCCAUUUUAAAGAAGUACGCAAAAAUAUGCACAUCGACUAAAUGUUGCGAACACUCGCAAUUGAACCGAUCAUCAAAUCCGGAACAGUCACCAACCGAUAGCGCGCACAUUGUUGAGAGCCCUAGAGAGAAUCCAAUGACCGACGAUGUUAACGCAAAACCAGAUGCGAAUAAUCAGCCAACUGAUUCAAACAUUUACGAUGAUAAUGGCAAUGAAGUCGCUGGCUGCCAAGAGCCUCCUUCGACCUGCUGCAUUCUGGCUCAUACAAGCAAUGAAAAUACUUGCUGCCGUGUGCUAAAGGAUUGUAGCUGUGUCGACAAUUGUUUGGAACAUUGCAACAGUGUUGGUAACAAUAUCACAAACACUAGCGCAAAUACAACGUCUACUCCGGGAGAAGUAGAAGAAGUGAAUGGCAACAACUUAACCACUUCAACGGAUGAGAAUAAUACUUUGGACACCAAUAAUAAUACAGAAAGGUAUGGGUAUGGAAUGGAAACACGAUCUGACCAAUGUCAAUGUACGCAUCAACGAUGUCAGGAUUCACCCGUCGAAUUUGAUGUUCUCAGCGACAACGGCAUCGUUCGAAUGGACAUGAGCAAAAUCAUCGACAGAACGGGUUUACCUUCAUAUGACGCAGCAAUCAAAUUAGAAUCAUUCGGAUACGUAUGAAAUGCAGAACAAAAGUCAAAGCAAAUCCCAAAUUAAAAUGAUGUAACCAACCAUGACUGAACAUAACUAAUUUCUUACUCUUUGACUAACUCUCAGUCUGACUACUGACUGGUUAAAAAUGAUUAUAUCGAGAAAACUGUAGUUAAUUUUUUAUAAUUGGUUUUUUUUUUUGAGUCAAAAAUUUUGACUGAAAUUGUCUAUUAACUACAGUUGUCUAUUUCGUUCGUGACAAUCAUUUUAGCCAGUCAAAAUGUCCCAAAUUAGUUAUGUUCAGUCAUGGUUAGCUACAAGACUUUAAUGCGAAAAGUCACAUAUGAAUGUCCGAGAAUGAAAACGCAACUUCUAUUCACAACACAUAUAAGUGAAACAAAAAUAAAAAAUUUAUUGAAAUGAAACAACAAAAUCGAAUUUUUUCAAAGUGUAAUAACAAAAAAGAUUUUUUUAAAGUGUAACAUCGUUAUGUUGUUACACUUACUACAUACCGAUGUUACACUUUGAAAAAAUCUUUUUUGUUGUUACACUUUGAAAAAAUUCGAUUUUGUUGUUUCAUUUCAAUAAAAAUUUUAUUUUUGUUUCACUUAUAUGUGUUGUGAAUAGAAGUUGCGUUUUCAUUCUCGGACAUUCAUAUAUUCAAAUGCAAUCAUGUGCAUGAAUGCGGUCGAAAUGUUCUAUAGAUUGUAAGGCAUAUUUGAUUGCACUGAUGACCAUAAUACAGGCGAUGCUUUAAACGUGCCUUUGAUACACAUUAGUAAUUAAUACUUACAAAUAGUUUAAAACGCCCACAUUUGACUGUAAUAUUUUCUUUUACUUAUGUGAUAGACGAGUUUUUUUUGCUUUCAAAAUCUACCCAAUUUUUGAUCUCAGAAUCUACUCAAGUGCAAGUUUCUGGACAGUUCUAUUUAACGAUGGAAACAACAUCUAUUGAGUCAGCCGAUUGAUGUUGGACUGUCUCCAUACAAAACAAAAAUUUAAUCGACUUCGGUUAUAUUAGCACAGUUAGUUAGCCAUUUUCUGCACACGGGAUUUUUUAAAUACGACACAAAAAAAAAACAAAUGAAAAUUAUAUUUAUAGUGUAUUUAGAUAUUGAAAUACGGAUAUGCCCAUUUUGAAUGACAAUUCAAUAUUGCCAUUUCUUCGUUUCUAUUUCGAUAUCCCCGGAAACCGAACAUGGUACACCCUAUAUAAAAAAUAAAACUUUGAGUGUUGACUGAGUUAGAGAGAGGGAGAGAGAGAGAGAGAAAGUAUCCACAGAGGAGUGACAUAAUUACUCACG